UAUGGAAUUAUUUCACUGUACGAAUUUACUGUGAGGGUUAGUUUCAGCAUUUGAUUGUAUGGUACAGAAAACCCAUUUAAUAAUUAGGUGAAGUGGUCACAAACUCACGAUAAAGUGCGAAAAAAGGAGUUUGAAAUGGAAAGAUGGGAGUACUUGGUACUAGGCAGGCUGUCUGUACAAAGCAGUGUUUGGUGUACAAUGAACACAACCUAACAAAUUAUACUUUUUGGUUUUAGUCCUUUGUUACCUCAAGGAUAGAUUCUACCCUCUCAACCAGGGGAAAAUUAGAAAUGGAACCCUGGUGGUCCUCACAUAUUCUCUUCUUCACACUUUCCUUUUCACUUACUCCAUCUACCAAUUUCCUCCAUCCUCUGGUCUAAAUCUCAAAGGCAAUCAUGGAAACAAGCAGACCAGAUGGGAAAAGGAGGAUGAAGGAAGUUGGGAAAGUGGAGGAAGGAGAAGAAGAGUUGGCUGCUGAGGAUACUACUACUAUUGGUGAAGACAGCAAGAGGAGAAGAGCUGCAUUCACUGUCCCUCAGAAAAAAGUUAGCGGUGUUGCCGCCGGAGGACCAAUCAUCCAGCCUUCAUGUCAAGUGGAGGACUGCCGAGCUGAUUUGAAGGAUGCCAAGCCGUACCACCGUCGGCACAAGGUCUGUGAGCAUCACUCCAAGGCCCCACUUGUACUCAUUGCCGGAAUCCGGCAACGUUUCUGUCAGCAAUGCAGCAGGUUUCAUGAUAUUUCCGAGUUUGAUGACACUAAAAGGAGUUGUCGCCGACGUCUGGCAGGUCACAAUGAACGCCGGCGCAAGAGCUCUUACGACUCUAAUGGAGAUGGGUGAACUCAAAAGGAGGUUAUUCAACUUAAAGCAGACUACUAGAUAGAACUACUUCAAGAAUUAUAAGAAAAAGAAACAGCCUGCUCUUAGAGGGUGCUCUCUCUCUUCUGUCAAUCAUUGAACUGUUCUCUAUGAACUAAUUUCACUGUUAUCCAUUUUGCAAAUAUGUAGAAGUACCAUUUUCACCCCUUUUAUAUGUUGUCAUAUUAUGCAUCUGUUUUUCAUAGGUAGACAUAAUCAGCUAAAUCAAGUUACAAUUCAGAGAGAUGCCACUAACAUACACGAUAUGGAUAAUAAUCAUACAUCCCAAAAAAACAGGCAGAAAAGACCCAUCUGAAACCUUUAUACCAUGCAAAAUCUAGAAAGGUUAUAGUGCAAGCUUCUAAAUCCUGCAAAAGAAACAUAGCAAAUUGUAGAGCAACUUGUUUCCUAUCCGCGAGACUAAGAAGCCUAAGAUCCUUCCAGCCCUAAGUAUAUAAAUACCAAGAAUUUUCUGAAAUUCGGAAUUAAAGUGGAGAAAUGAACUCAUUCUACCACAAUAAACAGUCGAUUAACAAUGUCAGAUUUACAGUGAUUAGGCAAAAAAAGACAGUAAACAGACGGCAUUGAAUGUGAUAAAAUUGCAUAUUUUUCAUACCAUCUCCAAGCAGUCCAGGAAAUGAACACACAAUAGUUCUUAGCUAAAUGACCAGAUUAAUCCUCCUUGGAUAAACAUAAUGCAAAUAUGCAACUGGAUUCACAUCAAGAAAAACGUUUUGGAGCCCAGCAACUCCUUUCAACCAGUGAUGAGAUAUUUCCUAAUGUAAGUAAGCUACCGUGUUCAAAAAGUGAAGGCAAAUUAAUAAAAAUUUCAAUAUACCAGCAAAGGUCCCUUUGUUCUUUUUCUAUGGAGUAAAAUGAAUAUAUGGUAGUACAACAUAUCCAUUAAAUGGAAAUCAAUGAUCAGCAACUUCAAAGGCACAACAAUGCCAAAAUGCUAUAGUAACUCAUAUGGGGACAUCAAUUUAAUGACGAAAAAUAAGAUACGGAACUCUUACUGUCUUCUCUUAAGCACACAGCCAGAGGACAAGAGAUACUGUCAGGUCUCAGGUAGGUCAGUCCGCACAAAAUUCACAUUGUCAGUGGUAGGGAGGUAAAUGACUAGAAGAGAACAAAUUGGAAGUCUAAAUUGGAUAAAGUCUCUUUUCAUCAGCUGCAAUGGUUAUCCUUCUUUCCAUCUCAUAUCCAGCAUUUGGCACAUUUUCAUAGAGUCCGUGGCAUUGGUAACAAGCCCUGUUAAAAUAUGGAGUUCUUGAGAGCCAGAAGAGCAUACGAAUACAACAGCUUCAUAAACAGUUAAAACUUGCGAAGUCAACAUCCUACCAGUUUCAGUCACGUCUUAUUCCCAACAUUUUGACAGCAAACUCCCAUGACACAAUCGCAGCUGCAUUUGCAGGAAAUGCCCUUAUUACAGUUGGACCGAGUCCUGCAUAACACCCUCUGAGGCCUGAGCUCCUGUAGAU